GUCACUAUGAUCCGAAUGACAUUAACAUUUCAUAUCUGGAGAAGCUUGGUUUGAUGAACCUUAGUGUCAGUUUGUUACGAAACCAUAACUUAUCCUUGUAUGCUUCAGGCUGAAGGGUAGAAGUGGAAGAGAACUAUUCAAAUGUUCGCGAUUUGUCGAACCACAAGCAUUUGAAUCUCGAAGGACAAAGAAGACAUGACUUUCCGUGUGGUGACUACAAUUUGCUUCAUUCUCGGACUUUCCGUCACCCGAGUGGUUUAUGGCGAGAAAUGCGGAGGUAUUAGAUCAUAUUUACUUGCUAGUUUUAUUGCAUCUCGUGAGUUUUUACGAAAUGUGACCAUAUUAUUGGGCAAUCUCUGGGUUUUUUACGAAAGCAUGUCUAGACAGGUAUCAAAACUAACGAGAGCGAUCUGAGUUUUAACUCAAUUCAACAUGUCUGGUUAAAGUGUGCUUCCCCAUUCAUGACACAUUGCUCUGUAUUUUAACAUCAGAAGGGAGAAGAUAUAUCAUGCAGGAUUUUUUCGAUUAUACAAACAAAAUAAGGUUUUCAUUUACCAUUGAAAAAGCGUGCUCAGUUUGAGGAUGGAUCAAACGCUCGACCGCGUGAAACUUGAGCAUACUUCAGAGAGAAACUAAUUGCUGUGAAUGAUAUACCUUCCUUUAAGAUAAUUUUCAUUUUCCAAAUGAAACAUAGCCUUAAGCUUAAUUUUCUUUUCGAGAGCGAUGAAGUGGGAAAUGGGGCCGGCGAGCUCGCGAAGAAGGCUAUCGGUGGUUAGGUACCUAACCUUUUAAUUGAAAAUUCUCUGUUUAUGCAUGAGACCGCAAUUACUAGCUCGAGCGUGUGCUUAAAUUAAAAUUUAAGUCAAUAGGAUCGCUAAAUACCCUCUUUAAUUCAUCCGCCAUAGUAUUUCUUCAACUUUCCUUCGAAUGAUUUAUUGAGAUCGAAAUGGAUUACCCCGAAAAGGCGAGAUGAAGAGCCAGAUUUCGAGGUAAGAGAGGCGUCGUGACCAGUGAGUUGUUGGAUGCACGUGUUAUUAGCAAUCGACCUUCCCGUUCGAUUGAAGAGUAAGCCAGCAGUUUUUAUCUAUGAAAUAUUUAUUCAUUCCAUAUCCAUAACACUGGAUUAAAGUAAUGAAUCUAUUAUUAUUUUAACAGUAAUAAUGAGAUUCUCUCUCGUUUAUUCGCGUUAUAAUUUGCGGUUUUAAACGAAUUUGCCAGAUAAAGAAAGGCUCUACUCUAGUGAGCUCGGCUCACUUCAAACCAGAAGAUAUGUAUAUGACUAUGACUGGGCUUUACACGUCUAAAACAUCGCAGUUUGCAUAGACCAAGAAGGAUAAAGAGCGCCGACAAAACAAAUUGUAGGAAUUAAAAAAAUUUUGCGGACCAGCAAGCAGAAGAGAAGCGACGUCAAUUCUUUGUCAAUUCAAUCCGGUUCAAUAGUCGUAAAAAACUGCUGGCUGUUGCGUGCAAAAAAUUCGAUCCAAACCGCAAACCGCGUACACAAAAAUUCGAUCCAAACCGAAAACCGCUCGCAAAACCGUGAAAACCGGUAAAUAUUCAAAUCCCAGUUAUCAAAACCCAAAUCGAUCCGAUACAGUUGUGACAAGCGGAGCAUGCAGAGGUUUCGCAGCUAUUCGAGAUCAGUGGAGGCGCAUAAUUGCCGCUCAUAUCGAAGAUAAACCGCAACCCAAAUAGGAAAAACAGAAAACCUUAUCGGAUUCAAAUCCGAAAACAUAUCUGUAUUUUUUUACGAAAACCGAAAACCAGCUGCUGCAAAACGGAAAAUCCGCAAACCGAAAUAAACACCGAAACAAAAAGAGUGUUUCAAGUUAUUUAGCAUAAGAACCGAAAAACCAGUCUCAUAAAUAACCACGAGAUAUGCAAAUUAAAAUAAUCUGUCAAUUUAUUUCGGUUAGGAAAGGAAGCUGCGGCGUCUCUGUUGGACUCUCUCGUCUGUGUAAAGGCUUCUUAGUGUUUCAUCGUUUCUUUUUCCAACCUUUUUACCGUGUGGGAAAAUAGGCCGCUGGAAGAGCUAGAGUGACGCGAAUGACAUUAAGAGGGUACAGCUGCCGUUUUUUGUUUGUCACGCAACAUCUCUUUACUCACAAAUUCUGUCAGUGCAGAUUAGACGAGCAUUAAUAAGCGCGCGUGGCUUCUUAUAUUGCCCAAAGUGUUUUCCCGUUUCAACGGAAUAAAAACGUAGAGGAGUAUUAAGUGAAGAAGAAAAUUGUAUGGUUAAAUGUAGGAGGUUAACACGGUGCAAAGAAGAACGAAAAGUUGGGCUUCACUUUAGACAUACAAAUUUUUAUCAACUGCAAGUCAAAAGUAACAUUCAGUCAAAAUUGUUUGUUAAAUCUUUGUGUGCAGAUGUUUUUGACGAUUUACCCGCAUCUUGCUGUCCCGCAAAGUACGUGGAUGUCUGUUGUCCGUUUGCAAAACCGUGUAACGCCUUAGCAGUGACACCUACUCCUAGUAUGAUGACAUCAAGUCCAACGCAGAGAAGCGGGGGAAAACCGUUUUGUAUGAAACCUCAAAAUUCGUCAGCCUGUGAGGCUGGAUUUUUCUUCAACAAAAAUUUGAAGAGACUCGAACCCUGUCCUGAUGGUAAGUUUGUAGUUUCCUGAUGACAUUUGAUCAUUUUGCCAUCCCGGAAGUGGGAAGUCGCAACAACUUACGGUUGUUUGUUAUAAUGAAAUAUAGUCAGCAGCUUCAUAGCAAUGUCCAAACGCGGGAAAUUCAUUAAAAUAGUGAUUUUUUUUCGCGGUUUGUGGAGAAGAUCUAUUUACUAUCAAUAUCCUAAGUGCGGUCAUGGAAUGGUUGGUACAGUGGGAAGGGGGAGGGUGGGGGGUGCGGGGGAAAACUACUUCCCAUUCAUUCUCUUCAAUGAAAUCAAAACAAUGUUAUCACAACUUGCAAAGCAAUCCCAUUGGAAUCUAUCAGCGGAUAGCUCCAUUGCAGACAAGAACUACGUGUUAUCAAGGAAAAAAAUGGCGGUUAACUAAGAAAAUAACUCAACCAGGCUGGAUAUUCUGUUUAAGCAUCCCAAGAUGCUUUCCGUUUUGUAACGAACUUCAGGUUGGGAUCAAAACUUGUUUAGUUUAUUACUGUCGUCUCUGCUGAUUUCUGCUGACAGAUUUAGGUGGGCCUUUGCAUUGUGACACUCGCAGAACCAAAUUGGUUAUUAAGGAUUUUCAACGAUUUAUGUUUGCGUAGUUACAAGUUACAUAUUAUUUCAUACGUUUAGAGAGAAAACAGUAUUUUUUCCUCGUAACCCGCUAUUACAGAUUCUCGCUAUUGCGCACACUAAAUCUACCCCACCUCCCCCCGGGUGUCCGCAAUAAAGGGAGUCGACUCUACACAGUUUUACUACGAUUGAAGUUUCAGACCGAUGUAGAAAAACAAAGGUAGGAGUUAUUCACGACUAAUUUCGCACGUAAAGGAUUUGAGCGAGACUACGGACAAGCCUGUGAAUUGACCGCUUUGCAAGUCAUGCCGUUUCUCGGUCUCAGACUUCGUCGCUCCCCACCCCCACCCCUCCUCCUCUUGGGUUGAUGAAUUAGAUAUAGAAGAGGCAGCGCAAUGAUGAAAACCAAAUGUUCUCAUGAUCUCAUAAAAGGGAUGAAUUCAACUCUCAGAAAAAACACAAUUAAGGCGAAAAGUCAUCUGUCGGCUUGAAGUAAGAAUCUACCGUAAAGUUGAUGAAAUAUUGACUUUAUGAAUGUUUUCAGGCUUCUAUUGUCCCCAGGACCAACUCUGUAUCAUACCAUGUCCAAAGGGAGCAUACUGUGUCAGGGAUAAAAUAGUUAACGCCACGGUAAGUUUUACAUGAUCUUAUUCAACACAGAGUGGGAGAAGCGGUGGACUAAAAGUUAGUGUGUUGGACUCUGGGUCGAGAAGUUUGAAACUGGCUGGGUCUUUGGGGCAAAACAGUUUAAUUUUAUGGUGUCCUUACAACCCAGAGAUGUGAGUGGGUACCGCGGCGAAUUGUCUUGAGCUAAAAUCAGUUUCCAGAUAAAGGCCAAAACAAUUUCGACUUCUUCUCACUCGUGGGUGGUGGCUGGAUUUAACUGGAAGGGGGGGAGGGGGGGGAGGGGGUUGCCAAAGUGAUAUUUCAUAAAGUAUUCAUGCAAGAACUACAAUGCUAAUGAGGUUUGAGUCUGAUAACACACUUUUGCCAACGUUUAUGAAACCAGUGUCACUUGAGGUUUUUUCAAUUGUAGAUUUACGCUACUAAAUGCUCUGGUCUGAGCCCGUAGUGUGUUCGGUUCAUGAUGAAAAAAGUCAUCUUAUUUUCUAGAAAAAAUCACCCCAACUGUGCCGCGAGAGUGGAAAAUGCUGCAGCCCUUCUCAGUCCAUCCCUAUCUUUGAUUCUUCUAAGUAUAUUUGCCCUGGAGCCCAGCUUCCAGUUCCCUGUCCUCCAGGUAACUAUUGCCCAAACGUCACCAUUCAAAAGACGUGUCCAAGUGGAUAUUUCUGUCGGAAUGGAAGCGUGGAACCUCAAGACUGUCCGGUAAGAGUAACUAAUCUUGUUACAUGUAGUCGGUAAAAAUCACAGUAUUAUUCGAUAGUGUACAUCCGUAGGUAUCUCCUAAGUGGUAACAGCCGUUAAAGACAAAUGCGAGAUGAACGGGAUUUUUUAAGGCUAUUUGUCCAUGUGAAAUCCAAGUCCAAAACUAUGGACAUUGUAUAUGUUUAUGGAUAUACUACAAUCUCAGAAUUAGUUCGGCUAAUUGUUACUCCGUACUUCUAAUAUGAAUAUCGAUAGCAAAUGCUAAGACUGUAAGGCAAACUAGGUAAUGCUCUCAAGAUGCAUCCUUGUCAUGAAUGCUAUGCAUUAUAUGGAUUUAGUUCGUUAACUAGGAAGGAAUCGUCGCAACUAGAUUUAAGGAGGAACAAAUUUGUGCCUUCUGUGGCUUUACAGGUAAACUAUUUCACGGCGCCAAACACCUUUCUAAGUGAAACUGUCUUUGGUAAGAUUGGUUCGGGGCAGUGAGUGUCAGAUUUUGCUGUCCACGUCGAAGCUGCAAUACUUAUCCCAGUUGUUUUUGCAUCUGCGUGAAGCAAAAAUUACCAUAGGGAAUAUCAAUUCAUCUUAUAUCGUUCAUUUGCAUUUUAUGGCAGAAACAUGUGGAAGAUGCCUUCCCUGUCUUAUUUUGGUCUAUUUUCAGAUUCUCUCCAUAUGCAAGAAAGGGUCUUCAGCUCCUGUCAGCGCUCCUGGUGGUGUUUUACUCAUCUUUGCAAUAUUGCUGGUGAUGCUGUUGCUUUUGCUUUGUUUCAACCACGAAGAAAAUUUUAUAGAAUGGUGUGAACGUUAUGUAACAAAGAGACUCUUCGCAAAGCGACGGUCAAGAAUGGAAGAGGAUAUCGGGAGGAACACUUUGGAUAAAUACCGAGAGGAGGCGGAGCCCAAGACACAAACCAUCACCAUUCGUUUUCAAAACCUUAGCCUCUCUCUUAAAAAGGUAACUACCUGGUUGUGAGAUGGGAGAGGGGAGGGAAGGAGGUAUUUUGUUAUCAAUCUCAAAGGAACGGUCAAUCUCAUGUACGAAUGUUCGCCAAAGGUUAUUUUUCUCACUUCCGAGUCCGGAACGCUAUUAAGUCAAGUACUAUCGGCAGAAAAAAUGCUACUGUGGUUAGUGCUACUGCUACUGCUACUGCUAUUAUAAUAGAUAUGAUAAUAGUAAUGAUAGCAUUGGUAAUGAAAAUAAUAAUAAUAUAAAAAUGAUAUCAUCAUCAUCUUGUUAUUCGUAUUAUUCAUUAAUUUAUUUUGUUUAGUUUUGGCGCCAAAGUACUGCAGGGGAACUUGUUAACACUUAAAAAAAAUUCGGCGCGAAGGCGCGCCACGAAAAAUAAAAACCAUGCAAUUAAUGGGAUAUAUUUCGAAGGACUGUACGUUAAAGUAAGAUUUUCUGCAUGCGUUGGAGAGUAAAGGAAGAAUUUAUGCUUGGAACAUAUUUCAAUUGGAGCGUAAUCUUUAGUAAAAGGAGAAUACUAAAAAAUGAGUCAGAGCUUACUCCUAAAAAUAUUUGACACCACGAACAUUGUAGGUAAUAGGAUUUUUAUGUACUUAUGCGUUGUGUGUUGUUUUCUUCAUUUUAACAGACAAAAGUAGCCAUUCUUCAAGGCGUGUCCGGACAACUCCUACCUGGGGAAGUAACUGCGGUAAUGGGUCCCUCAGGAUCCGGCAAAACAACGUUCCUCAAUACCCUUAGUGGAAAAGCCUAUUAUGGGGUUGGUCUUCCAUGUGAAAUAAGUGUAACAAAAAUACUCUCGUUGAAGCUUAAAAUUCGAGUGAAUUGUGCCAAUUAUUGACUUCAGCACUCUUGAGCUCAAGGGUGUGAUCAGUCUCUGGAUGCUGUAGAAAUUGACGCAUUCUUAGGUACUAUCAGGGCUUUACUUUCCCUUGGUGUCCGGAACUGAAGAUGGUCUGAUAGUAUUAAAGUUAUUGGAAUCAUCCUUAAAAACGGCCAUUAGCAGUAUAAGGGACGGCUGGAUGGUUAGUUCUUUGCAGGAGCCUUUAGCUGAUAGAAUCCGAUCGAGGAAAACUAAAUAUUUCCUUCAUUUAAAGGGAAAGCAUGUCAUUGCUAGCCUGCGGAAAAUACUAUUUUAGGCCUUUUUGUUGUUAUUAUUUUGCAGUUGAGACUAAUAUUUACAAUACCACAACUAGAAAAUUUACUGUUGCGACAAUGCAAUCACUAGUUAUGGCAUGCGUGUUUAAAUUGCGGUGUAAACCUAUUGUGACUUCAGGAGCGUGAAAGUAAUCGACUUGAUGAACAGAACUAAGAUUUAAGAGAGAUCUGGGAAAACGAUACAACAUACUCUUAGAAAGCAUUGGGGUUCACUUAGUUAAACAAAUUCAAGGCCGCUUACUGCAGUUUUUUAUUUCUGUUUUCAGAAACGCGCGGGUAGUCUCUUCAUCAACGACAACUUUGUACAGGACUUGGGUGUUUUCAGAAACAUCACGGGAUUUGUUCCGCAGGUUAGUUUUGCGUCAGAAACAAGGAAGCAACUGCUUAGUUUUUUCUAUCGGUGUGCUAUCGUUCAAGAGGGCCACCACCGUACCCAACAAAUUGAUCGACAGUCAGCGCUACAAACGGCACAAACGGAAAAAUACCGGUCGCAUUCCCUUCGCUCGAACAUUUCACCGUUACAACCACGCAAUUAGAUCUUUCUCCUCAAAAACUUUAAAUUACUUCAAAACGAUUCAGAGACUCGCACUAUCUUCUUGCAACCUCUAACAAUUUCAUUCAAACACGACAAAAACAUUUUGGUCAGAAGUUCAUUUCAAACCAAUGACCAACAUGGAACUUUUAAAUACAGUAGCUCACGAUGCAAAACCUGUCCUUUCAUUCAUAACGUAGAGAAAAUGUCGCGACCCAAGAGAUCUAUUAAGAUCACUGAUCACUUCACGUGCACCUCCGCCAAUGUCAACUAUUGUAUAACUUACAUUCACUACAAGUAGUUAUACGUGGGUGAAACAGGAAGGCGAUUAGGUGACCGAUUCCAAGAACACCUUCGCGACGUAGAUAGAAAUGACAAGGACGCACCCAAACCAGUCGAAGCUAAUCUCCCCUGAUCAUUGUUAGCAAAUUGACAGUUUGUGGCCUUUCCUUACAUCUAGGUAGAACAAAAAUUUAUUUCUCAAAUUAGCACUCCUAAUUUCCACUGAAUCAACGAGCGCUUUUCAUUCAGUUAUUUUAUUCUUAUUUUCUCGUCAUCACGUUCCCACCAAUAGCUUAGCUCCAUUUUCUUCCUAUAAACACACGCAUCCACAAUUCCUCCAUUCGCUCCGAUGAAGGGCUAACGCUCGUAACGUCAGCUUUGAAACUUUUUACCGGGGCCAAUUUACGUUAUAAAUUCAUUUGGUAAUACCAAAAUUACCCUUUUACACUUUCCCACCGACGAAGAAGCACGUAAGGAACCUGCCCUAUUUAUUGAUGUAGAUCUCAGAUUUUGAAUUAUGUUUCCGUUAGCGUUCACUUACACUUGGUUACAAUAAAUUGAAUUUCGUUCGAUUACUCUCUGACUUUCCUUGAACGAAUUAUUUUAUGUUUUAAUCCCCAAAGAGCAAAGUUGUUUCUUUGAAGGAAUACUUAAAGCUGCUUCCUUUAUUAAAAUUGGUAUCAGAUUGGCCCUAUAGUUUUGCAGACAUGUUAACGAUGACGAAAAUUUUGACUGUUCUGAUAACUUUGCGAUUGUAGCUCAAUGCUAUGAUGGUACCUGAAAAAAAAAGAGUCCUACCCUUCAUACAGAUUUCUAGGUUAAAAAAUUUGUAAUUUUGGAAAAAAAACGCGUAAGGAUUGGCCAUAGUUGAUUAGAACAAUUGUUGCUUACUAAUGAAUCAUUGUACUCUCUCCUUAAGUUCGCACAUAACACGCGGGUGGUACGUGGACAAGAAAACAUCAACAACUGUACAGUUUUAAUUGCUAAAGUUGAACUUAUAAACUCAAAACAGUUCAUUGCGUUUUGUUUUAAACUCACUAAUGUGAGUGAUAAAGAACCUUUUAAGAUAACACAAAUAGCUCGGUUAAGGUAGCAUUCAACUUUUUCAAAUAAACAAUUCUGAAAGGUUAAGUUCGCGCGUGCUAUGCCGAAAAACAAGCUUGACUUAACAUAAGUUCACACAUGAGGCAAGGAUUGAACGCUCGCACAUUAACACGUGGUUUUCACUCUAAUCGUAGUAAGCAUAUAUACGCUUAACACAGAAUUAUGUCAUGGAGCGAAGUCACUUCUGUAUGGAGCGAGGUAACUUUUAUUGUGGAGAGAUCAACUUUGGUUGGAGUAAAGUGACUUGAAGUGAUCUAGCCAUGGAGAGAAGUGAUCAGAUACCGUUAACGAGUUAGCAUUUGUGAGAAUUUUCAAGUCUUAGCCACAGAAAGAAGCCAAACGUAAUAUAUAAUUUAGUCCAGAGAUGGGUUAAGUUGUAUAUAAUAAAAUGCUUGGGACAAUUCGAGUUAUUGCUGCAGUGUUUGAAAUUAGACUGAAACAGAAUAUGAUUCAAAGCAAGGAUAUAAAGGAAACUUCUGUGUCAGGCAGCGUAAGGAAUUAAUCCUGUGCUCAUCCACAAUAUAUGCUUCUAUUAAACUUGUACUCUUUUUCCUUCAGGAAGAUAUCAUGCACAGAUCACUGACAGUAAAGGAGAUUUUGAUUUAUCAAGCAAAUCUCAGGUUGCCAUCCUCGAUUUCCCAAGAAGAAAAGAAAAGAAAAGUCAACGAGGUAUGUCGCCGAUUAAACUCUUGUAUAGUACUGAAACUGAAUAAUGCUAAUAAGAGACCUGUAUAGGUAAGCUCGUUCUACAUAACACACUUUACCGUUAAAUCAAAUAAUAAAAUUGAAACAGUAAAAUCGACCCUUUUGAUUUGGCAGGUCCUGGCUCUUCUUGAUUUGGCGCACGUCAAGAAUACAAAGAUUGGAGACGAGGUAUGGGCUUUCUAAAGAGAAAAACGCUUGCCAGUGUGAGGACCAACUCUUGAUUAUUCAGUAUAUUAUCAUGACACCAUUACAACGAAUUACUGUGGCCGCAACUCGCUGUUGAAAACAGCAUCUCGCCUUUACAGCUUCGAAUUUGUAUGGCUUCUAUCUAUUGCCGGUUCGAGUUUUACGUGUAGAUGUGUGUCAUUUUCGUUGGAUUAAUUUAGUCUAGUUUUGUUUAUUUGCUUGUCUAAUUGUUCUGUUUUAUUUAUUUAUUUAUUUUUACUGUCUUACUAGGAAUCAAGAGGCAUUUCUGGAGGGCAAAGGAAACGCGUCAACAUAGGAAUGGAAUUGGUGACUGACCCGACGUUGCUUUUUCUUGAUGAGCCGACGAGGUAGGACAUUUCUUUAGCGAGUUGUUGCAUUUGAUACUGAUAUUCCUUUUAGGUUUCUCUUAAGGUGAUGAAACAGUUGAUGGUAUUUCGAAUCCUCAGCCGCUGAAGGCACAUCAAGGCAAAAUAUCAUGAGUCGUUACCAUAGGUCUCCAGUGUCCCUUUUUUACCUUCAUAGUCGUCUGAUUAUGCAUUCUAAGGCUUUGAUAUUAAGGUGCUUCCAUUUUGGAUUCAUUGAACUCUGCACUUCCUUUGUUGUUUCUUUUGCAGUGGUCUGGACAGUACUUCAAGUUUGAUGGUUGUGAAUACGUUGAAGGCCGUAGCUGAAGAAAAGAAACUGACAAUUGUUUGCGUCAUUCAUCAGCCAAGAUACGAAAUAUUCAGUAAGUCUGAAUUGCAAAUUGAAACAAGUUUAAUUUUUCUCCUCUAAUCUGUUUGCCGCCUCAAAACGUAGACAGAAAUACCUUUGUGAUUCCAAUAUUUGAUGAGGGUAGAAACAGAAUCAGCGAAACGAUUCUUUGGGUAUAAAUUGUUUCUCUAUUGGAAAUAUUCUUACAACCUAAAAUGUAUAAUUCAACCCCUUUUUCUGGUUGUCGUGUUCCAGUUUUCGUUUUUUUGUAGGUAAAUUCCACAAAGUUCUCUUUCUUGCGCCCGGUGGACAAACCGUCUUCCUAGGAAGUGUACGAGAGGCAGAAAACUACUUUGAUACGCUUGGAUUUCAAAUACCUGAGAAGGUGAACCCAGCAGAUUUUUACAUGGAUGUCAUCGGCGGAUUGUGUAAGGGCUCUGAGGAAUCAACUGGUACUUUAUCCGAGCGUUGGGAGGAGUUUACUGCUGAAAAUGACACGGGCGCUGAAAACACCGACUCUGCUGAUGGGAGUCGGGCAGUUCCAGAUGACGGGAUAGAGCAACUGCCUUUUACAUCUUUUCUGGGAAUGUUUAGGAGAAACCCAAAUAAAGGUACUCAGCGAUUUCCAAAGGUAUUACAAGUCUGUUCCCCGCGAUCAAUGAUAAUUAAUUGUGGCCUAAAUCAAUCGAUAUUAACCCUUUAACUUCCAGAGGUGAUUAACAUAAAACUUCUCCCGACAACAUCCAUACAUUCUUCAGCAAACAGGUAAUGAGGAUAUUCAAACUUAUCAGGUAGAAGCUGCUAUCUUGAUCUAGCACCGAGUUCUCGUAACUAAUUUACAAGGAAAUGUGUAGCAGCUACAGGGGAGAAUUAACAAUCAGAUCUUGGGAGUAAAAGGUUCAAUCGAUGUUUUUCAGUCAGUUUGUAUGCAUGUAUCUGCCGAUUGAUUAGGAAUCGUCCGUGGCAAUUAGAAAUCUCUCAUUCAAAGCUAUUUAUACUGUCAGCGAUUCUUCGCAUUCGCAACGAUAUCUCGCGAUCUAUGCUUCUACUUCUUAGCGGAGAGUUUACUUCAGAGUUGAGUUGACUUCAGUUGUUGAUUGCUGGUAUUAAGGAAGGAUCCAAACAGAAAGGAACGAAUACAUGAAGUGACUACUAAGUUACCAUGGGAAAUAGAAAUCGCUUACAGUCGACAUGUUGAAACGGGUUCCAAUUCCGUUGAAGCCUAACUUUUUUCAGGCUUCUUUAGGGCAAUCUCUUUAAUUGCAGCACAACUGCGAGGAUCAUUUCUUUACUUCUGACUCGACAUGUUGAAAGUUGAUGAAGCCUUACAUCGAUACGAUCUGUUAAUUAAUAUCAUGGUGGAUUAGUCUGACUGGGCGCGCAGCUGCAACUUUGGGAACUCGUCUUACAGUCUGUGCCUGAAAAGGAAAUAGCCUGAUGAUGGUCGUCAGCAGUUCGUUGAACGUUGCGGACCAUUCAAAUUCCAAUGUCUCACGUUUUUGUAAUGUUCAACUUCAUAUUAUAUUUGACCUUCCCUCUCUUCAACGAGACUUACUUGCUUUAGUAGAAGGUGAUCGCCCUUUCAAUUUUCAUUUUCAGAUCAAGACAGGCAGAUGCCCAACUUCUUGAUUCAGUUCAUCACGUUUCUUCGUCGUGAGAUUCGACUGCAGUUUCGUCUGUCACGAUCACUUCUUCUGGAUCAGUUCUUGGUGUUACUUGCAGGGGGUACCCUUGGGGCCCUUAGGAAGGAGGUUAGUUGGCAUUUAUGUAGACAGUAUUUAACAUUUUGCAAAUAAGGAUCACUACUGCUGGUGUGAUACAUUGCGCGCAAAAUGGUUUUGACUAAGAGCGCCGUUUUUAAAAUUUUUCAUAUAUCUUAGUCUCAGAGAGAUUUGUUGCUAAAGGUUAAAGUGCAACGCAAAUUAACAUUUCUUGGAAAGAAGCAAGGGUCCCAAAAGUCAAGAUAUUUUAAAUAACUGUGAUAGCCAAGUUGUCGUCAGUAACUGAAUAUUAUCACAGCACCGAUGCUUAGCUUCUCGCACUAGGCGAGAUUUGUAAAACUUCCCGCGCUAAACAUUGAAUCCCAGAGUACCUUUUCUACAUUCUUUGUAUUCUUUCUAUCUUAGGUGAUGACUCGUCCAACUUGAAAAUACCUUUUUUCUUUCUAUCACCAGGCUCCCCUUGACGAAUUCUUCACUCUCGUCACCCUGAGCUCCUUAGCAAUUGGUCUGACCGCUAUGUUAUCUGCGUUGAGAUGUUUUGGUAGCACCAGGACUACUUUCUGGCGGUAAGGGGUAGAGAAUUGUGUUUCUUGAUCUGUGUGAAUAACGAUUCGAAAAAGACGAUCGACGAUGACAGUAGAGACGAAAAUGUAGAGGACGACGGCGACAAUGAAAAUGACGAGAAAAACGGACAUUUAAACGACACGUUUUUGGCGAUAACGGCUAGGGCGACGACGAAACAAUUCGGAAGACGACAACGACGGUGACGAUUAAAAUGGCAACAAAAACGAGAUGGCAUCGAAGACGAAGUGCAGCGACGAAAACGUAAACGACAACGAAGACAGGUAAGAAGACGGUGGAUAUGGAUCCUUUCUUUUUCGAUAUGUGAACAACAAAGAGAAAAUUUUUUAACUUUUUGGGAAAAAAAAUUGGACUUCCACGUUCCAGAGACAUAAUUAGGAGAAGAAUCUGACUGGAACGUAUCGAUUUUCUUGGAAAUAUUUGGAAAUCGCAUCUUUCAUUAAGCUGUUGGAAUGUGAGUGGUUUACUAAUUACUUUUAUUCCUAUUUGAUCUUCAUUAUCAACUUUACAUUGCAGUGAAGCCGCAGCUGGUGUCAACAGGAUAAGUUACUUUGUGGCUGUCAAUGUCGCUCAGAUUCCCAUAAUCGUCAUCACUCCUGUUGUUUAUUUGAGCCUGCUGUACCCACUGAUUGCACCGAGAGGUAGAAAUCGAUGUGGUUUUAUCUCAUAGGCAUGGGUUUUCAUGACUAUUAGAAUAGUGCGGGCCUCUGUUUUUCUCUUUCCUGUCAACCUGAUAAUUUUUGAAGGUUCUCUUUGUACUUUCUUUCAAUUUUUUCCCCUUGCGGCGUCUACAAACGUCCGUAGUCGACCAAAGUAGUAGUGUCCGUUAGUGCGAUAUUUGACGUAAGGCCAGAAAGUCAGAGAAUGUUAGGUUUGAGGCCGGGAACUCGCACAGCAUGAGAUAAUAGGGACCUUAAGCAGUCAGAACAGCAACGCCAAGGAAGACUUCGAUUAAAAAAUGAAUUUCUGCCCUAAAUUAGAAUUUAAAAAAUGGCUGCAUUUGUUUACCGUCUCAAACAGCGCCACACCUAAAAAUAAUUUGCCGUCGCGGUUUCGUUUCGCAGACGACGCAGAUUGUGGAGAUUUCACGAUGUUGUUUUGCAUAGGACGGCUAAGAAAUGUAGAAAGUUUUAAAACGCACGUGCUGAGCUAUUGUUCUGCCAAUUAGUUCUUUUGUUUUUCCAUGUCCUUGUUGUCGUCGCCGUCGUGGUUUGCUUAAGGUCCCUAAUAAACAGUUCAUGACCUCUUGCGCACAAUUAUACCUCCCUCCACCCCUCUUUACCUUUCAAACUUAGAUCUACGUGUCUGUUCUAAUUUUUCUAAAAAUUGUUUUCUUAGCUUACUUCCGAUUUCAUUAUGCCGCCACUCUUGGAGUUCAGUUCGCCUGCACCGGAGCGGGAUACUGCAUAUCCGCUAUCUUCAGCCCCAAAAACUCACAGAUGGCAUCUGUUACUUUUGCACUCAUUUCUUCUCUUGUGGCAGGUAAACAAAGGAAAGGUUAUCAUGACAAAUAGUAAUACGAGGGGGAGGUAGAAGAGGGAUAGACAAUAGAGAAUGGAACUUAAGAAAAUUUGUAUUGAUGCGUCACGUUAAUCAAUUUGACUUCGCUGCUUUGAGUUAUUGUAUUGGUUUGCUACCUUUGGGUUACUGGACAUUACUUAUCGCCUGAGGAAGAGGGUGGAGAAUUUUGGGGAGAUCGUAUGUUUAAGGGGGAGGCGGAGGGCAGAGGGAAGAAUCAGUCCUCGCCAAUAAGGUGGGGGGGGGGGAUUAAGAAAAUUGACCUCAAAUGAGGGGAGGGGGGUCAUGAGAAUAAAACGGAGCCUUAAAGGAUCAAGUAAAUUUCAUCGUGGCAAAACCAUAAUCCUCCCACCCCUUCCCCCCUCUCCCGGCGGUGAAUAAUCACCGGCCUUACUGAAACAGAGGAAACUUCUCGUCAACUCUGUCUCGAAUAUGACGAAAUUAUGAGGAAAGUCCUAGUUGCUGAUAAUUACUUGCGCUAAAAGUUCAAAUCUAGGACAUUAUAUUGUUUCGGAUUCGGUGUCUGGGCAAACAAAGUUUAGAGCGAUACCGAAGGCAACCCAUCGUAAACCAAGCCAAACGCAACCGAGCUUUUAAAAAUUUACCAGAAUGUCUGUUGCGUACGCUUUUGACAUAGGCAAAAACUCUUUAAAAUCUUAACAAUUUGUCCACGUGAUCGACUUGCGAUUAUGCAUGAGUUGGCACUCCUACAAUGUAAUAUUUGCCAGGCGCGAUCGUGGAACAAUUUAUUUAAAUGUCGUUACUAAUUAUUUUGCAAUACCAAUUUCAUGCUGCUGAGUGUUUCUUGCCCUCACCCUGCUCUGCUGCCGGUUUUCUUCGUAAAUUGACAUAAUUCUAUUUCUAUCUCGCACUGAAUAUGCAGGCAGUUCUCCUUCACUGUGUAAAAUGGCAGAGAGCGCGCUGGGUCCAGUGAUCUACAGCCUGUCUUACUGCCGCUGGUACCUGGAGGCGCUGUUUGAAAAGGAAGCUAUUCGUUACCCAGAAGUCAUGGCGGGCUAUGUGCAUAGGCUAUCGACAAGGAAUGGUUAUACACUGGAUAACUACAGCUCUUGUGUAGCAGUCUUGUUUGCCAUGGGAUUUGCUUACCGAUUGCUGGCUUUGUUGUUCAUGUUGUUUACAAAUAGGGGGAAGCAACAUUAGCUGCAUCUUGUUGUUCGAGAAAUCUGGAGGAAAGCGUGUUAUUGUUAAACUUAAGGGUGGCUUUAAAUUAGAUAAUUAGAUUGAAUUUUUUUGCGUAUGUCCUGUGAUAUUGAACGCAAGAAAAGGAAUUAGACGAAAGAGCCAGCUUGUGCAAACAUUAUUUUGUUGUCAGUUGAGAGUAUUCAUUUCUGUUUUGUUGAUGUUUUUUUUUCGCUAGCGUGCUCGAAGGUGCCAUAUUUGUUUAAAUUGUUAGGUGUCCUGCCAAGUGUCUGUUGUGAUGUACACACAAGGCUUAAAAUGACUAUGCUAAGAGAUUUAGAGGUCACCUCUGUUAGCUCGAAAGUCAGAAUCACUAUUGUCUAAUUUUAAUCACAAGAACGCCUAAACCUGUGAAAAUUUAGGCACAGUGAAAAAUGCCAGGUUUCAUAGAAGCGUAUAGGAACUUUAUACUAUUAAACGUUCCUCAGUAGCUGAUUUAUAAAAGUAUACUCUCCAACUCAAAGUAAUGGUCUCAGUUAACCUAUGUUGUGUUGGCACAUAAUUUUAGAUUGGUGUAAGGAGCUUUUUUAAGCAUCUGAUUUUAACUUUUCAUGUUAUGUUUAUUGUUCUCCGUGCAGUAGGUUUGAGUUGAGUGAACUGCAAGUUGUCUCGGUGUAAUAAGUAUAGUGAUUAUAAAACCGAUAGCUAAAGACUUCAAGAGUCUAUAGAUACUUUGUGCACCGCUCACUAACGGAAGGACCUUUAAUAAUCAUUGAAUGAGUCCGUGUUAAAUAAAAUUGUGUUGUUGAUUGUCUUCGUUACGUGAUGCAGUUGGGUCUUUCUGGGGAAAGGGGGCUAACAUAGUCGUAAAGAUCCCCUCGCUCAGUUACGCCUUCGAAGUAUUUCUUCUCGUUUGUAAAUAAGACUCUUGCAAUUCUUUACGCAUCGUUUAAGUGAUCGCAGUGAAAGACAACCAACAUUGAAAUAAUCUUGUAAUAGCAAAUUAAAGCA